UCUAUAUAUAACAUUACUUAUAAUAUUAUAACAUGGAUUCAAUCUUACAUUAAAUCUUCCAAGUUCAAAUACCCAUGUAAAAAAAACAAGACACUAUACCCAAUUACCCAUUUUCUUUUUCCAAUUUUUAAAUCAAUUUGAGCUUGAUGUGAUUGAAUCUUUAGUGGAAUGGCAGGUGGGACAGUUCCGGCAACACACGCAUUUCUUCUCAUUUUUCCCACCCUUUUUCCCAAAUAAUAAUUAUAUAUAUGCAAAGCUACAGUGAAGAGAAUUUUACAGAAGAAAAAACCAACAAAAAUGGGUAGCCAUUGCCAUACCAAGGAAAAGGUUUGUGAAAUAUGUGGUAGCAAUAAUCCUCGUUCUGAAUAUUUACUUGUAACUUGUUCGGUAUGCAACACAACAUGUGAACAUAUUUACUGCAUGCGAAGAAAGUUAAAGAAAGUCCCUAAAGAUUGGGUAUGUGAAUCAUGCCUAACCAGCAGUGACUCGAUUAUGAUGAAAUCUUGGGAGACUGAUGCUGCUGUGACAUCUUCAUUCCAAGAAGAUGAAGCUGUGAGAAGAGCAAUGAGCAAUGAGAAAAUUUCAAAUUCGCAGCAAAAGCCCGUAGAAAAUGAUAUAAUAAUUUUAGAUGAUGACGAUGAUGAUGAUGCAUUUCAUGAGGAUGGUGAUGAGGAAAUGGAUGAUGCUGAGGGGUUCGAUGAUGAUGACAAUAUGAGUGGUGAUGAGGAGAUAGAGGAUUAUGUAGCCGGUAGAGGCCCUGCGUUGAUGCAUGAGGUAAUUAAAGCUCAGAGUAAGGGUAUACGCACACCGAUAAUGUUCAAUGAGUUUGGACAAGUUAUCGGUCCAGCUAGAAACAAGUUUGCAUCGACACUUGGAGCCAUUGUACGCAGAACUGUUAAUAUUAAUCAUAACAGUUGGGCAAAGGUUCCUAUGGCCGAGAAAAAUAAAUUUUGGCGUAUCGUUGAGGAGACUUUUGAGAUAGAUUCGAAAGUGAGGAAAAAGAUUUUACAGAUGGGCGGUAGAUAUUGGAGGAAUUUCAAAGCAAACCUCACAAAAAGAUGGAUAGAAAAACAUAGACACACUCAUCCCCGCAAGCUGAGACACCCACCGAGAGGAUAUAUAUCGGUGAUAAGAAAAAUCGAUUGGGAUAAGUUUGUCAAAGUAAGACUAAGCCCAGAAUGGGCUGAGAAAAGAAAGAAAAUGCAAGCGGUACGAGCAAAGGUUCCUUAUAAUCAUAACAUGUCUAGAGGAGGUUAUAUGUCAAAGAAGGAACAACUAAUGAAAGAACACGAUGGCCAAAUAACCGAGGUUGAUAGAGCUGAGUUGUGGACAUUAGGUCGAACGAACAAGAAGGAAGAGUUGUCUGGUGAGGCGGCAUCUGUGAAAGCUAACAUUGAUCAUUACAGACAACUGCAAACAGAGGGGAAGUGGCCACUCGAAGGGUCUAAUGAUGAGAAAAGCGGUGCUGUUAGGGGUAUGGGAGUUGGUGUGAUGCCCAACCAAUUUUUCGACACUCCAACACCCAUGUCAAAGAAGGGGAAAGCCAAAGAAACUUCGAAUAAAACCAGCAUUGAUGAAAUUUUACGUGUAAACUGUUCUGUAUGCAACACAACUCGCGAACAUGUUUAUUGCAUGCGAAGAAAAGUGAGAAACGAGGUCUCUAAAGAUUGGGUGUGUGAAUCUUGCCGAAUCAGCAGUGACUCGAUUCUUAUAGAAUCUGGAGAGGAAGAUGCUGUUGUGACUUCUUCGUUCCAAGAAGAUGAAGCGGUGACCAUAGCAAUGACCAGUGACCAAUUUUCAAAUCCAGUAGAAACUGGUAAAGUUAAGUUAGAUCCUCAUGAAGAAGUUGUUAAGCUAUCUUCAGGAAUCACGGGAACAAUAUUGUCCACAAACAUAAAUCAUACAGAUGAUGAUCCUGAGGAUAUGGAUGAUGCUGAGGGGUUCGAUAAUGAUGAGAAUAUGAGCGGUGAUGAGGAGGUAGAGAAUUAUGUAGCUGGUAGAGGUCCAACAUUGAUGCGUGAGAUAUUUAACGCUCGAAGUGAGGGUAUACGCACUUUGAUAGUGUUCAAUGAGUUUGGACAAGUUAUCGGUCCAGCGAGAACAAAGUUUGUGUCUACACUUGGAUCCAUUGUACGCAGAACUAUUAACAUUAAGCAUGAAAGUUGGGCAAAGGUUCCUAUUUCCGAGAAAAAUAAAGUAUGGAAAAUCGUUGAGGAGACUUUUGAGAUAGAUCCUAAAGCGAGGAAAAAGAUUUUAAAGAUGGGUCGCAGAUAUUGGAAGAACUUCAAAGCAAACCUCACCAAAUGUUGGAUAGAAAAACAUAGAUACACUAAACCGGACAAGCUGAGACACCCACCGAGAGGAUAUAUAUCGGUUAUAAGAAAAAUCGAUUGGGACAACUUUGUCAAAGUUAGACUGAGCCCAGAAUGGGCCGAGAAAAGAAAGAAAAUGCAAGCGUUACGGGCUAAGCAUUCUCACAAUCAUAACAUGUCGAGGGGAGGUUAUAUUUCUAAGGAGGAGCAACUAAUGAAAGAAUGUGAUGGCCAAAUAACUGAGAUUGAUAGGGCCGAGUUGUGGAUGUUAGGCCGAACUAACAAGAAAGGAGAGCUAUCUGUUGAGGCGGCAUCAGUGAAAGCUAAGAUUGAUCAUUACAGACAGUUGCAAACCGAGGGGAAGUGGACACCCGAAGGGUCUAAUGAUUUGCUUACUAUGGCAAUAGGCACCCCAGAGAAUAGAGGGCAUGUUAGGGGUGUGGGAGUUGGCGUGACGCCCACUCAAUAUUUUGACACUCCAACGCCCAUGUCAAGGAAGGGGAAAGCAAAAGAAACUUCAAAUAACACCCGGGUCGAUGAAGCUGUGACAAGAGAUACGACCAAUGAGCAAGUUUCAAAUCUGCAGAAAAAUGUUAUGUUAGAACCUCAUGAAGAAGCCGUUAACCUCAACGAGUCAAAAGAUGAUGAUGAUCAUCCAUUUCCCAAGGAUAGUGGUGAGGAAAUGGAUGAUGCUGAGGGGUUCGAUAAUGAUGAGAACGCGAGUGGUGAUGAGGAGAUAAAGAAUUAUGUUGCUGGUAGAGGACCGACAUUGAUGCGUGAGGUAUUUAAAGCCCGAAGUGAGGGUAUACGCACACCAAUAGUGUUCAAUGAGUUUGGUCAAGUCGUUGGCCCAGCAAGAACAAAGUUCAUAUCGACACUUGGAUCCAUUGUACGCAGAACUGUUAACAUUAAGCAUGACAGUUGGGCAAAAGUUCCUAUUUCCGAGAAAAAUAAACUAUGGAAAAUCAUUGAGGAGACUUUUGAGAUAGAUCCUAAAGCAAGGAAAAAGAUUUUACAGAAGAGUGGCAAAUAUUGGAAGAACUUCAAAACAAACCUCACCAAUUGUUGGAUAGAAAAACAUAGAUACACUAAACCCGACAAGCUGAGACACCCACCGAGAGGAUAUAUAUCGGUGAUAAAAAAAAUCGAUUGGGACAACUUUGUCAAAGUUAGACUGAGUCCAGAAUGGGCCGAGAAGAGAAAGAAAAUGCAAGUGUUACGAGCUAAGCAUUCUCACAAUCAUAACAUGUCGAGGGGAGGUUAUAUUUCUAAGGAGGAGCAACUAAUGAAAGAAUGUGAUGGCCAAAUAACUGAGAUUGAUAGGGCCGAGUUGUGGACAUUAGGCCGAACGAACAAGAAGGGAGAGUUGUCUGUUGAGGCGGCUUCAGUGAAAGCUAACAUUGAUCAUUUUAAACGGCUGCAAACCGAGGGGAAGUGGAAACCCGAAGGGUCUAAUGAUUUGCUUACUAUGGCAAUAGGCACCCCCGAGAAUAGAGGGCAUGUUAGGGGUGUGGGAGUGGGCGUGACGCCCACUCAAUAUUUUGACACUCCAACGCCCGUGUCAAGGAAGGGGAAAGCAAAAGAAGCUUUGGAAAACUCCAAAGUUGAAGCGUUAAGAAGAGAGUUUGAAGAAAAAUUUCGGCAACAAGAAGAAUUCUUCAAACAACAACAAGAAGAAUUCUUACGCCGACAAGAAGCCAUGAUGAAAGCAUUCAUGGAGUCUGCGAGAGGCUCGUCGUCUCAUGCAGUAACGCCUGAGUUGGACACAACACAACCAACAUGUGUAACGAACCUUGAACCCGAUUAAUAGAAAAAAGCAUGAGUUUUCUAGCAAUGAAUGAAAAAUGUAAACUGGUGUAGAUGAUCAAUGUAGAAGUUGGACUGUUGUAGAGUAGAGACUAUACUAUGCUAAACUCUUAAGUUAAGAUGUCAUAUGGUAAAAGAAGCUCAAUGGCUAUGAUUUUGAUAAGAGCCUAGAAUGGGAUAAAAAUUGUCUUUUUUUGCUAGAUGAAUGAGAUUCAUAGUUACAAAAGAAGAAAA